AGAUUAACUUCUGAACAAUUACAAAGUAUGGAUUUAAAAUAUGGAGAAAAUUCGUUAAAGUUUAAAUCAACUGAGAGUACUGCACAAAUCACGGCGUGUUUAUAUCUUUGGAAAUCAAGCACUCCAAUUGUGAUAUCUGAUAUUGAUGGAACCAUCACUAAAUCAGAUGCUUUGGGACAUGUCUUGAACUUAAUUGGACGUGAUUGGACACACCCGGGUGUCGCCAAGCUUUUCCAAGAUAUCUACUCCAAUGGGUACAAUAUCAUAUAUUUAACCGCAAGAUCAGUCGGGCAAGCUGACGGAACUAGACAAUAUCUUCAAGGGGUGGUUCAAGAAGGUAUAAAACUUCCUCCUGGUCCCGUGAUUCUUAGUCCUGAUAGAACCUUUGCUGCAUUACGACGUGAAGUUGUAUUGAAGAAACCCGAAGUUUUCAAAAUGGCCUGUUUAUCAGAUAUCAAAAACUUAUUCUUUCAUCAUAUUGGCGAAGAAGAUGAAGAUUCAGAUCAAACCCCAUUCUAUGCUGGGUUUGGGAAUAGAAUCACUGAUGCUAUAAGUUAUCGAUCUGUGCAUAUUCCCAGUCAUCGUAUUUUCACAAUCAAUCCCGAUGGUGAAGUUCAUAUGGAAUUAUUAGAAUUGGCUGGGUAUAAAUCUUCAUAUUUACAUAUUCGAGAGUUAGUUGACCAUUUCUUCCCGCCAGUUAAGGAGGAUUCUUCGUGGAACACAUGUUGGGAUGAUAAUCAAUUGAAUGACUACAUGAAGAAACACGGUGAAGCAGCAGACUUACCAAGUCCUAGGUGUCCUGGAUCACCUAGAAGUAUUAAUGAGGAAUAUUUCCGCACGGAUGAAAGAUAUACUGACGUAAAUUUCUGGCGUGAACCUAUAAAUCUUGAUGAUUUGCCAAACCUGGACAGUGAAACUGAUGUGAAGCAACUGACUCCAAGUUCGCCUAAGUUAACCAAUGAUAAGAAAUUUGACUCUCCGAGAGUAGCCAAUGCAGUGACUCCGGACUCCAUCACUAGAAGCAGGGCAUCUACGAUUGAAAAUAACAUUUCUAGUUCGUUUACUUCACCAUUAAAGAAUUUCAUGACCCUUGGUAAAAGUAAAUCUGAACCACCUCAAGCUAAAGAGUCCGAUGGUGAAAAUGCUGAUGAUAACACGCAUGACAGUGAUUACACGGAUGAAGAAGUAGAAGAGGAUGAAGAAGAUGACUACACUGAUGAUGAUUAUGAAGAUGACUACGAUGACGAUGAAGAAGAUGAGGAAGAAGAAGAAGAAGACGAUUAUGAGGACGACUACGAAGAAGACGACGAUGAGUUAUAUGAAGAUGAAGAUGAAGACUUGGAAGAAUUAAAAGAAAGGCUUAAAGAGAGUCAACUAGGAGACGAGCUAAAUGAAAAACAUUCAGCCGAAUUCGUCAAGGCUAGUCAAAUAGAAAAAAAUGAAAUAAGCUAAGUCAACAAAAGUUAUGGUCUGUGAAAAGUUACUUAAAAUGUCACUAUGUAACAUAGUAUAUUAAUUGAUAAAUAUCUUUAAAAACUUUUCAAAGCAUUUUUAACCAUUUAAUAGACGCAAUAAUUAACUCCAUAGUGUUGUAGAUUAGGUGAUGGUUUGGUCAAAACAUUGACCGUAUUAUUUAUAACAUCUUUUUGCAUACGUUCUGGUUAUUGCUGACGUAUUAACCAACUUCUAGUUUGCGCAUGUUAGUAAGUAAUUUUUAUAUGUGUAUUAUUUUCAAUCUUUGCCUAGUUAAGGUUUGUUACAAAUAAGGUUCCAUGUUGACAUGUUAUCUCUGUGGGCUCUGUAAUUUGAUACAUAACCUGUUAAAAACAUGUAAACUGUAUAACAAACCAAAGACGUUUUGCUAUUAUGAGGCGUCACCUAUGUUGCAAUGAUUGUUCGCUAAUAUUACGGAUAUGUACUACCUCAU